AUGUUUCCAAUAAUCCCUUACAUUGUUUCGCUUCUUGCAGUCGCUCUUUAUACCAGGGCAGAUGGUGGUAUCUCUACGGCGAGCGAUAGUCUGCCGAAGAAUCAGCAGGGAUAUGUCUCGAUCAGCAGCAGUUGGUCUGCGGCGACUUGCGAGGGCGACGGUCAAUCCUAUGUCAUGUCAAGCACAUACGGCCGAUGCUGCGCCAAUACCAAGUCAAACUGUGGAUUCGCAACCAGCUGCAGGUCUCCUGCUUCAGGAGAUGCCACAAUCUUAUACGGCGGUGGAGGAAGUUCUACAUGCACCCAGGGUGACCCCUGCAUCUUUAUGACGAUUUACGACACUGCAACCACCGACACCCCUCACCUGGAUAUAUUUUGCGCGAACGGUUGGCCCACGACUGCGACUAUCGCAUUCCGAACUGUCCCCGCAGAGACUACGGCUGCCGAAACCGGAUCCCACUCUACCAGCAUAGCAACACCUGGCGCCUCUCCCACCACAUCCCUCUCCUCCUCAACCGCGACCUCAGACCCUUCAAACGAAAAGAAGGAAAGCAAAGCCUGGAUUGCCGGCGCCGUCAUCGGGCCUAUAGCAGGGUGCGCGAUUUUCGGAGCACUGGGCUUCUGGCUCGCAUGGCGUCUGCGCAAUAAGCAUAAACACGGUGGACAACCUGAAGCGCAUGACACGGUUUAUUCAGAUGCGCCGAAGGGUCGGCACUUUGUUGAGCUUGGGCAAUCUUCUGCUCUGCAUGAGAUGCCUGGGAAUUCUGCGAGUUCCAAGGCUGCGCCGUCGGAGUUGUACGCGGGUGAUCAUCGUUGA